AUGGCCAAGUGGCUGAGGGAUUACCUGAGCUUUGGUGGACGGAGGCCGCCCCCACAACCCCCCAAACCCGAUUAUACAGAGAGUGAUAUCUUCCGGGCUUAUCGGGUCCAGAAGAGUCUGGACUUUGAGGACCCUUAUGAGGAUGGAGAUGGGCAGGAGGAGCCAGAGUCAACCUGCCCCAGUUGCCCGAGCAAGCCUUCCUGUCCUGGGGACCCCUCAUACAGUUCCCCCAAACACCGGCUCAUCAAGGUGGAGUCAGGCGACCUGAACCGAAGUAAGAUGUUGCUGGGGACCCCUGGGGAGGACAAGGUAAAUGACAGUGAGUAUUCAGAUCCCUUUGAUGCCCAGCCUGAAGCCCAGUUGGGUGCCCCAGAACAGCUACCUCCUGACAACAGCUACAUGGAGCCAUAUGACGCCCAAUGUGUAGUAACAGGUGAGUGUCCUUGCCGGAGAGUGGACCUGCAGCUUUAUGAUACACCCUAUGAGGAAGAGGUGGCGGGGGACAGCCCUGAGGCUGAGGAGAGACCUCGGCAGAGCCGCCUGCCCCGAGAUGAUGAGCGGCCUGCUGAAGAAUAUGACCAACCCUGGGAGUGGAAGAAGGACCACAUCUCCAGGGCUUUUGCAGUGCAGUUUGAGACUCCUGAGUGGGAGCGAGCCCCAGGCCUGGCUAAGGAGCUCCGGAGGCCCCCGGCUAAGACCUCAGGCUGGGUGGGGAAGGGGCCCGACCCAGAGGAGCAUAUCCCCCAGCCCGCUGAGCGUGUGGACCCAGCCCUGCCCCUGGAGAAGCAGCCGUGGUUCCAUGGCUCCCUGAGCCGGGCUGAGGCUGAGAACCUCCUGGCCCUCUGCAGAGAAGGCAGCUACCUUGUCAGGCAGAGCGAGACCAGUCAUCCAGACUUCUCUCUGUCCCUCAGGAGCAGCCAGGGCUACAUGCAUAUGAAAUUCACUCGGACAAAGGAGAACAAGUUUGUGCUGGGUCAGCACAGUGGGGUCUUCUCCAGUGUGCCCGAGGUUGUCCAUCACUACAGCCUCCGUCCGCUGCCUGUGCAAGGCACUGAACACCUGGCCCUGCUCCACCCCAUCCCGGCACAGAUCCCCUGA